ACAGUCCAUCACGUCAAGACCAUGAAUUGCUUCUCCAAGCACCUCACUCGAAGACUCCCAUUUCCAAUCUCUACGAGAUCAAUCUAUCUCAAUUCCAGAAAACCAUAUCUCUAUUCACGGAGAGUAGCGACCAUGUCCACAGAAUCUACCCAAUCCAAAGCUUGCUGCUCCCUACCCGCCAUCGUGUCCAAGGGAUACGAGCCGAAGGGCAAAUACAUCACCGUCGAUGGCAUGAAAACAUAUGCCACUGGCCCGUCCACGGCCAAACGCGCCAUCCUCAUCAUCUACGACAUCUUUGGCUUCUUUCCACAGACCCUACAGGGCGCCGACAUCCUCGCCCACAGCGACAACGAGCACCCCUACCAAGUAUUCAUCCCCGACUUCUUCGAUGGCGAGCCCGCCGACAUCAGCUGGUAUCCUCCGGACAAUGAGGAGAAAGGAAAGCUGCUAGGUGACUUCUUCAGCACCAAAGCCGCGCCACCGAAGACGCUGCCUAGAGUCCAGAAAGUAGUGGAGGAGCUGAGCGGGAAGGGGAUUCAGAGUUGGGGCAUUUUGGGGUUUUGCUGGGGUGGGAAGAUCGUGAAUCUCUCCUCGUUGGAGAGUACGCCGUUCAAGGCUGCGGUGGCGGCGCAUCCGGCUAUGGUUGCGGCGGAUGACGCGCCUGGGAUUACGAUUCCGUAUGCUAUGCUGCCUAGUGGGGACGAGAGCAAGGAGGACGUUGAGAAGUGGGAGAAGGGGCUCAAGGUGCCCCAUCUAGUCGAGUGGUUCCCGGAUCAAAUCCACGGAUUCAUGGCGGCUCGCUCCAACCUUGAGGAUCCAAAGGUUAAGUCGCAAUACGAACGUGGUUACCAGACUACGCUGGACUUCUUCCACAAGUACGUGUGAGUGUAGGUAUGGCUUGCCGGUUUAAAGAUGAGAGUCAAAGGGUGGUGGAAUGCAUGACUCUAGGCUAAAGCUAUCAUGUUAGAUCCAGGUGAUCGCCCGGUAGGUCUUCUAGUAGCUAGGGCUGUUUUAGUGCAAUAACGAAGCGGAUUUUGUUGACUGCGGGA